AUAGUCAACUAAACUCCAAGAGAAUUUUGUCAGUAGGUAUAAAAUUUACUUGUAACAGAACAAACUUAGAAAAAAGUUCAUUUCUUAACUUUUUCUUUUGUAACUGUUACUUUGAAACUACCAAUAACAUUUAGUUUGUGGCUGGAUACGAAAAUUAACUCUUUACAUUCAUUAUCUUAAAUAACCUUCUAAAUCAUGUGACCCUCAUAUGUGUAUAAAACAAACCAAUUAGAGAGUGACAAUGGUAUAUCCAAGCAAUCUACAUAUCCAUUUUUCACAUUUUCCAUACUUUUCGCAACCGAGUUUUUCUUUCCAAUAGUCUCUUCACAUCCGAGAUCGAUCAUGUCACCACCCUCCAUAGAACAACUACACACUUUCCAUGCUAAAGACAGAAAAAUAUUCUCAAGACUUGUCCUAAAAUUUUCAAGAUCCCCAGCCGAAUCACUUCUUAUCAUGGCGACGUGGUUUUGGCUUGAAGACUUUUUUUCUCAAAACAUCUUAUCAACCAUAUUGGCUUUAAGCGAUCCAGUCAUUGUGGCUUUAGCUAACGAGGCGGUCUUGUGCUUCCAAUGCCUUGAUUCUGGUGAGAAGCCAAAUGGCUUCAAUCAUAUCCCUCUCACCGCAGAACUCUUGGCAAAAGACAUAUCUCUUCAAAUAUUCUACAAACACCGAUACAGUGCUAUCGCAGGAAUCAAAAACUUUUUAACCACUGUUUGUUCAAGAAUUUUUUCUGACAUACUUCAACAAGCUCUUCCAUCUUCUUCAUCAUAUACUUUUGUCACUAGAUUCCGCCAUCCUCUAAUCAUCCCCGGUUUUCCCCAUCCGACGUUUGGAAGCAUCAAUGUUAUGCCCGAUGUCGUUGUUGGGGAUAAUAUCUACAACAACAACAUAGUUCUUUGUUCUCAUGGUCUAUGGGGUUGGAACGCUAACUGCAUCGCGUCUGAUAUCGAAAGGACUAUGUUUUUAACAUUUUCUCGUGGGUUUCCUGUUUCGCAAGCGGAGGUGAAAAGUUUUUUCACCAAAAAAUAUGGAGAAAAUUGUGUUGAAGGCGUUUACAUGCACGAGGACAACGGCAACUCCCCCAACGCAAAUGUAAAUAGCAAUGGCCAACAACAAUCACUAUUUGCAAAGCUGGUCUUAGAUUCAAUUGCUACUGUGGAUCGUAUACUCGACGGCGAGAAGAUAAAAAAGUUUAAGACUAAUGGAAAACAUAUUUGGGCUCGUAAGUAUAGCAUGAGUAGAGAUGGUUAAAUUAAGACAAAUGAAAUUUAGUUUUUUUGUUUUGUUAUUCUCUGAUAACAAAGUUUUAUUAUGUCUUAUGUUGAAAUUCAAUAACUAGAAAACAUAUGUAACACCCCAAAGAAGAUUUGGGCUUCUUCAUUUUUGAAGGCAAUAUGUUUUCACAUAAUUAAAUUUGAUGUUACAUGUCACUCUAAAUAUCCAAUAGACUUUCACAA